AUGGCGAAAAAUAUGCAAAAUACUUCCUACAGAAAAUUAGAUGUAGAUGCAUUCGAUCCAGAGCAAUAUGAUGAAAACGACGAGACUGUCGACACACCUGGACUUGGACCAGAUGAGCGUGCUGUUCAGGGAUAUCUCAGCUCGAAUCGGCUCGACGACGCUCUUCACGCCUCUCUCGUCUCCCCACCUCUGAAAACGAAGGAUCAGAACGUAAAAGACCGAGCGACGCUUCUUGUGACAAAAGUGCUCCAAUCGUUCAAAAAUGCGGAAAUCGAGCAAGCCGUCUCGAAACUUUCAAUCGACGAAGGAGAUAUUCUCAUGAAAUAUGUCUACAAAGCAAUGGAACUCGGCUCCGACGCAGCUGUAUGUCAAUCGUUGCUCGCGUGGCACGCCCAACUCGUCGCGAAAUUCGGUCAUGGAGCCAUCAUGCGUGUUUUCUCAGGUCGCCAGCGUCUUUGA